AUGUACCGUAAGAUUGUGUGCGUCAUGAGCCUUAUUGGUUUUACCACAGCAGUUGUCAUCGAUCAUACACAUGGAUUCAAUAAAGAGGCUUACCGGACAGGAGGUGACAAUAAUUGGCAAACGAUUAAAGUUUACCAUCCACCCACGCCUCAAAUGUUUCAAAAAUACGAUACUUACGCAUAUCCAAAAUAUGAAUUUGAGUACGCUGUAUCGGACAAAAACACUGGAGACCAGAAACAUCACCACGAAGAACGCGAUGGGCACAGAGUUCGCGGAGAGUAUAGUCUUGUUGAAGCCGAUGGCUCUUUGAGAGAAGUCCAUUAUAACGCAGAUGACUUUACAGGCUUUAACGCAGUUGUUAGUAAAAGCUUCCUCAACCAUGGAAACCAGGCCUACUCCGUACAUGGACACACGCGUCAUUUCGCACCAAUUGGAAACGGCAUCAAAAUAAAUCACUUUUUCCCAAACGCAAACCACAAAAUCCAAGAAGCGUCACAACAAGAAAGCGAAAUCAAAGAUAUCAAACCUGUUCAAGAAUCAACAAUAGAGCCAAACGCAGAUGAAAAUGAAGUUAAAAAUAUGUCACAUGAGGACAAAAUGAUACGCCUGGAGCCUGUUAAAGAAGAGGAAAUAACGACCACUGAAUCCCCCAUUGUCAAAAUGGAAACAGUAGAAGGACCGUAUUUUAAAGUGGUGCCAACGUUAUCGAUUAAUCAUGAGGACAUCGAAAAACGUGCAGACAGCAUAGUUGUACUUCCAGCUACAGAAAAGUCUCCAUACAGUGUGGAUGAUCAUAAACCAGAAUCAGUAUCAAAUUCACAGGAACACAUACACGACUCUGACGUAGCGUCAUCCUACUAUCAUUCCAACGUUUACUACGUCGGUUUUUAA